UACUUUGAUUUUUAAGAAAUUUAAAGGAUACAUAUUUUUGUAUUUACUUUUCAAAAAUACUUUUGAUGUGAUGUGUAGAUUAUUAGUAAAAAUGUAUGGUGUGAUAGGUAGAUUAAGAAUUAAUAGAGACAAAAGUGGUUUUUUUAAUUGAAAUUAGAAGGAUUUUGUGCGACAAUGCAAGUGAAGUCACCCUCAGCCCUCCAUUUCUCCGAAGGCGACCGGGUUGAAUCCAAGUCCAAGGAGGCCAGCCAUUCUUCUUCCCGUGCUAAGGGCCAGAAAAGGAAAGGGUCCCAAAAGAGCUCCAAGGGAGACAGGAAGAAGAAGGUCAGGUUAUCAGAUACGGAGGGGGAGUCCAUCGAAGAAGCCUUCCUAUCCCUGGCCAAAAAACUCAGCAAGGCCGGGGUCAUUUCAGAAGAGAUUGGCCAAAGUCUGUUGGAGCCAAAAGACCAGGUCUCUCAACUCACCAUCCUCCUUGAUUCUGCCAAGUUGGAGAUCAAUGACCGGGCAGAAAGGGAGAGGAGGCUCGAGGAAGAGUUGAAGGAAGAAAGGGCUCGGUUUGCCCUUCUGGAGGAGGAAAGGAAGAGAAAGAUCGCCGAGCUCGAGGAUGCGCUGGGCCAGGCUCUGCCCGGGCAAAGGAGGAGGCCUUUCCCUCUGAAGCUGCUGAUUGGGCUGCGUGCCAUCACACGGAGACUUCUGAAGAGGGACCCUUCCUUUGACCCGGCCAAGAUGAAGCUUCCGGCUCUAUACAAUGAAGAGCCGGCUCCCCCCUUUCCCCUAGAAUAGGUUAGGGCUUGACAAAAUAAAAAAACUUUGAAUUUUCCCAAGGCCUGGGGGAUGUCCGGCCUAUUUCUGACUUGUGUAAUAUCAUUUUUUGUUUGGCAUGGUUUUCAAUUUACCGGCUUGUUCCUUCUUUUAUUUUGCAUGGUUUGUUUCUUGCAUGGUAGCUUUUCUUUUCUUUUUCUUGAUCGCCUUCGAAUGAACUUCCAAGUCAAUA